GAGUUUCCCCGACAGCUGGAGGUUGCGGCGGCGGCUCCUCCUCCCCGCUCGAGCCAGGGCCCCCCGCGCUCCUCCUUAUUUACAAACACACAAAGGGCCGGGCCGGGGUCGCGUCUGCAGCCGGCAUGGGAGACAAGAAGAGCCCGACCAGGCCGAAGCGGCAGCCGAAACCCUCCUCGGACGAGGGCUACUGGGACUGCAGCGUGUGCACCUUCCGGAACAGCGCCGAGGCCUUCAAGUGCAUGAUGUGCGAUGUGAGGAAGGGCACCUCCACCCGGAAACCUCGACCUGUCUCUCAGCUGGUUGCACAACAGGUUACUCAGCAAUUUGUGCCCCCUACACAAUCAAAGAAAGAGAAAAAAGACAAAGUAGAAAAGGAAAAAAGUGAAAAGGAAACAACUAGCAAAAAGAACAGUCAUAAGAAAACCAGGCCAAGAUUGAAAAAUGUGGAUCGGAGUAGUGCCCAGCAUUUGGAAGUUACCGUUGGAGAUCUGACAGUCAUUAUUACAGACUUUAAGGAGAAAACUAAGUCACCACCUGCUUCCAGUACCGCAUCUGCAGAUCAACACAGUCAGAGUGGUUCUAGCUCUGACAAUACAGAGAGGGGAAUGUCCAGGUCAUCUUCGCCCAGAGGAGAAGCCUCAUCGUUGAAUGGAGAAUCUCAUUAAAGUUUAUUUUCUCCAGUUUCUUUAGUCUCUUCUCUUCAAAACAUGCAAAUACACAACUUCUGCCAACAGCUACCACAUUUUCAUGACAGAUUAUCCAUGCACAAUUGAUAUGUUUACUGGAACAUAAUUUAUGCAGUUUUACAAAAGUGAAGUGAAGCAGUAGAAAUAAUAAUUUAAAUGCAAUCUACAAAUGCCUACAAAGCAUUUUCAGACUAACUUUUUAAUCUUCACAUUUAAAGGUGCCAUGAAAAUGUGGUUUGAAUGUUCAUUAUGCAGUGUUAUUGGUAAGUCCAUUUUCACUUUUAGUUUAGUGAAUUCUAACACAACUCUUGGAGUCUCUACUAUUGGCGUGUACUGAAUUAAAAUUUUUAUAACAUAGUUCAAGCUGCCUAAAUAUGUAUUAUUUGAGAAUUGUGAAACAUAGUUAUAUGUAUGCAAAUCAAAGAUCAACUUAAUCAACUAUUGCUGCAACAGAAUUUUCAUAAUUAUUAUCUUCUUAAAAACACCUGCUGGUACUUGGUGUGCUUAAAUAGGAAAAAUGUUAUUAAAUAAAACAUUUGUAUGAAUUUUUGCCAAUGUUUGACAUCGUUUACUAAAUUACUGUUACUGAAUUAUGUUGCUGGUUUUACCAAUAUUUUCCUCAUACUUAAAACACUUAUUGUAAUGUUUACGAACAAAAAGAGUGAACAUACUAUGAGCAUUGGUUAUUUAGCUUUAUAAUUCAGAUACAGUACUACAUUGUCAUUAGACACUGAUAGUCUAUGUUCUAUAACCCGAUAUCAAAUCUCAAAUGACUAAGCAUUUGGCAAAAAGUAAAUUUUUAAAAUCUGAAAUUCUGGAAAAGCUUUAAAAAUAACUUUUUAGUACAGUUUUCAUUUCUGCUUAGCAUUAUUUCCUUGCCCCAAACUUGCCCAGUGUCAUAGUCGCAUAUCAGUGUAGUACAAAAAUACUAUGUUGCACAGGAGUAAGGAAAUAAGGAAUACUAUCACAUUUUGUUCUUAGAUCAGCUUCUUUGAUUUUGAAUUGGCCCUUUAUUAAAUACUGUAGCAUCAGUCAUAAAUGCAGUACCCUAUUUUCUGGCAUAAACUGUCAACAUUUAUGCAUUUAGCAAUAUACUGAUACAGAGCAAAAAUAUUUACAGUCCCACCCGGUAUUAUGUAAAAUAACCAAUAAAAUAUUUUUAUGAAUACAGAUUUUGCAUUUUUGUUUACAACUAGGUGUUGGUUUUUUUUUUUAUGCACAAAAAAAUCCAUAUAUAGAUUUAAAUUAUAGGGUCAGAUUCAAUACAAAAAUGCAUCUGGCUCCUGUCCAAAGGAAGCCCAUUCACAUCCCAGUAAUUCUCUCUUCUCUUUGUGUCUCAUUCAAAAUAUGUAUUUUUGGGCCAAUGUGAAAGUGGGAUGGACUUUUUUUGGUAGUGAAUCCAGCCCUAAAAUAUCUUCAUAUGAUGCAUCCUGAUAACAGCUAAAAUAAUGGAUUUUUGUAGACCCUGAUAAUUGUGAUGUUUGGUGGUUUCUUGUAGUAAUGUAUCUUUCUGUUUUUUAAUGCAGUACUUCUACAGGCACAAUGGUACUGUCUAUUUUGUAAGAUGCGAGUUGUGAAAUACAGUUAGUUGCAUAAAAUGAAAGUCUGAUGUGAUAUCUAAAAAUUUACAUACCUCAUUCCUUGGUGUUACUGUUAAACUUUUAAAAAUCCAAUGUUAAUUAUAGGUUAUUUCAAAUGGACAACUACUGACCUGGUUAAAAUGUAUUAUGCUUUACCUUACUAAACAUUUCUUCAUUCCA